UCAAGGAUGCAGAGCUGAAUGCACCUAAAGGAGGGGACCCUGGCAAACGGAGCCCUAUCUGUGGAGCUAGUGAGCAGACAGCUGCUGUGCCUCAGAAAGGGUCUGGGACAAGGACGCUAAGGAUAAAUGGUGAAAAGUCAACGGAUAGGAAAUCGAAAGACAAACCGUCUGGACCCAAUCGAAAGGUCACAGAUUAUUUUCCUGUUAGACGAAGUUGCAGGAAGAGCAAAGUUGAGUUGAAGUGUGAAAAGCAGCGGCACAUUGAUGAUCUCCUCAAAAACAAUGUUGAAGAGGGGCUCAAGGUGAAAAGUAUUGAAGGAAAAGGAAGAGGUGUUUUUGCAGACCGGGCGUUUCAGAAAGACCAGUUUGUAGUGGAGUAUCAUGGGGAUUUGUUAGAGAUUGCAGAUGCAAAGGCAAGAGAAACUCUAUAUGCUGAAGACCCAACCACUGGCUGCUACAUGUACUAUUUCCGCCACCACGACAAAACCUACUG